AUGGUGAGCACCGACGCCGCCAGAAACAUCGUCGGGAUCAUUGGUACGUAAGAGCCGCACGGUUUCCCAUGAUGAUCCCCUUUUAUAUGGAACAAGAGGUCCUUCGUCAAGGUUUUUCUUUUGCGCAGUCAUUCUCUCUCAUUUAUGUUUUCUUUCUCUCUCUAGGGAAUGUGAUCUCCUUCGGACUCUUCCUCUCCCCAGUGUAAGUUCCUCUAUCCAGCCCUAAAAGAUUCCUCUGCAAGACCUAGCGAGGUUUGUGUUCUUACGUGAGAUGCGGCAGGCCGACUUUCUACAAGAUAUGGAGGAGGAAAGCGGUGGAAGACUUCUCACCCAUCCCCUACCUCGCCACCUUCCUCAACUGCAUGAUGUGGAUCUUCUACGGGAUCCCCGUCGUCCACCCGCACAGCCUCCUCGUCGUCACCAUCAACGGCACCGGCCUCGCCCUCGAGACAAUCUACCUCAUCAUCUUCCUCCUCUACUCCACCCCCUCCAGGAGGGUGACGACCGAAGACUAAAUCCUUCCGCUAAAUCUGCUGUGUUUAGUCCAUCCACCUAUCUCAGACGCUGUUCUGUCCUCCCGAUGGCUUCUCAGUGUAGGGUUCUCCAGUACAUCACUGCGGAGUUGGCGUUCAUGGCGGCGGUGGUGGUCGGCGUCCUCAUGGGCUCUCACACGCACGAGAAGAGGUCCCUCAUUGUCGGCGUGAUGUGCGUCAUCUUCGGCACCUGCAUGUACGCCUCUCCCCUGGCCGCCAUGGUAAGCUAGACUUUUCGAACCCCAUGUCUCUCUCUCUAACCAUCUAUCUAUCUAUCGAUCGAUCUCUAUCUAUCCAUUUGAACUCCAUGGAUGGGAAUGGGAAUGGACCAUUUGAUGGGCAGAGGAACGUGGUGAAGACGAGGAGCGUAAAGUACAUGCCCUUCUGGCUCUCCCUGGCUUCCUUUCUGAACGGCAUCUGCUGGACGCUCUACGCGCUCAUCCGCUUCGACAUCUUCAUCACGGUGAGUCCGCUCUCCCCGCCGCCGGCCCUCCCUGGCUGAGAUCAUCGCUUCAUCUCGUUCGUUACCAUUGCCUGCAGAUCCCCAACGGCCUUGGAGCGCUCUUCGGGGCGGCGCAGCUGGUGCUGUACGUCUGCUACUGCGGGUCUACCCCAAGGGACGAGCCCAAGGCGGAGAUCCAGCUGCCGACGGCGACGGGGGCCGCCCACAAUGAUGGCGGCGUAUCUUCCAUCUCCGUUCAGUGA